AUGGUUUCAAAUAAAAAGAAGAUAUUAAGUUUUUUAGUUUUAAUUUUGUUUAUAAAUCUAACAUUUUCAAAUAAUAUUGAUGAUUGUGAUGAAGAUAGAGGCAUUAGCGCAGAAAGAUCAGAAAGAAGAGUUAUUAAAAAUAGUAAUGAUGGAAGCAAUUUUUAUGAAUUAAACGAUUAUUAUCAACCAGAAAAUUGGAAUUAUUUUAGUGGAUCAUUUGCAACCAAAGAUUGUAAAGAUGCUUCAUAUAUAACUAUACCAUUAGGUACAACUGGUGGUUUAGAUGAAGGCAAUCUUUCAUCAUUUUUAAUCACCAAAAAAGGAUCAAAUCUUUUCCUUGCUUUAGAUGCAGGCACCAUAUGGCAAGGUGUUCGUCGUUUAACUACAUUUAAAUAUUUCAACACUCUUUUUAAUAUUACCUAUCCAGCUUGGGCCACACUUCCAGAACAAAGAACUUCGUGGUUUUUGAAAAACCACAUUUUAGGUUAUUUCGUUGGUCACAGUCAUCUUGAUCAUGUUGGCGGUUUAAUCAUUAUAUCACCAGAAGAUUAUUUAGCUAAAAGUUGGAUUGACUUACCAGAUCCAAUCACCACCGGUAUUAUGGGUCUCAUUCAUCAACUUGGUUUUAAACCAUCAGAUUUUACCACUGGUAUUCUUCAAAAGAAAACCAUUGUUGGAUUAGCACCAACCAUCAACUCCAUCUCUACCAAUCUUUUCAAUAAUCAAGUUUGGCCAAAUCUUCCAUCUUUCGGUCGUUAUCAAUACUAUAGCGUUGCUGCAGGUAUUGACUAUCCAUUCACUGAAUUAAUUCCAUAUAAUGAAACUAUCAUGGCUCCUGUUAAAUCUCAAUUCCCAUUCAGUCUCAAUGUUAGACCAUUUGAACUCUGUCACGAUAAUUUAAUUUCAACUGCUUUUCUCUUCACCGACUCCAUCACUCAAGAACAAUUUGCCUUUUUCUCUGAUACUGGUGUUCCAUCAAGUACUGCUUGUGACUGGGAAGGUAAAAUCUAUGAAGUUUGGAGAAAUAUUCACAUUGAAAAAUUAAAAGCCAUCUAUAUUGAAGUUUCUUUCCCAGAUGCCACUCCAGAUUCUGCUAUGUUUGGACAUUUAAGACCAAGAGAUUUAAUGAAACUCUUAGAUCAACUUAUAGUUCAAUCCCGUCAAACCAAUCCACCAACCACCAAUCUUAAACAUGUUAAAUUAAUCGUUGAACAUAUCAAACCACAAGUAUCACCAGAUCCAAAUGGCUGGACCACUCAAAGAUUAAUCUAUCAACAAUUAAAAGAUUCUAAUACAAAUGGUAUUAGAGUUAUUAUUCCAAAUCAAGGUGAUCCAAUUUGUAUUUAAAAUAAUAAUAGAAAAAAUAAUAAUAUAAUAUAUAUACUAAAUAUUAAUAACUAUUAAUAUUUUAUUUAUAAAAAAAAAAUCAAAAAAAAAAAAAAAAUAUAUUUUUAUUUAUUUAUUUAUUUAAAUAAUUAUUAUAAAUAC